AUGUUCAAGCGCUCGUUUCGCAACAACGACGCCAUGCGCAUGGACAGGUCUGCGCGGGUCAAAAAGUCGGGCUCCGUCCGGGACCCAACGAAGCUUUCGAAACUGCAAAGGUCGCUCACCGAAAACGACGCUCUACUGUAUCCGCAACCGCAACAACAGCAGCAGCAGCCGCCCGCGCCGUCACCCAUCGUCACGCUGACGGUGGGCCGCGAGGGCCGGCUCUUUGCGGCGCACGAGGAUGUGCUGCGCCAGUCGCCGUUUUUUGACGCCGCCUGCCGCUCCGCCUUUCCCGAUGCGCAGAGCCGGAGGAUUUCCCUCCCCGAAGAAGAGCCCGAGGUGUUUUCCGCCGUGCUCGAGUACCUCUACAAGGGCGACUACUACCCGCGGCUGGUGCACAACCGCCACCGCAACUCGUGGGAGCUCGAGGACCGAGCCCCGAGCACCGGGCUGCGAACACCUGCGGCAUCCCCCAACCUCGAUGGUAGGUGCGCCGCCGCGGCGACCGACGCCGCCGUCUACCUCGACAGCGUGGGGGCCGAUGUGCUGCGCGACACUGUAGUCUACUGUGCCGCUGAGCGCUACGGCCUCGAGGAGCUGAAGCGUCUGGCCCUCCGCAAGCAGGGGCUGCAGGCCGGCAUCGACGUUGCCACCAUCCUGCGCUCCGCCCAGUACGCCUACGCCCACACGCCCGACUCGGACAGCCGCCUUCGCGCGCACUACCUCGCCCUCAUCAUCCGCUGCCGCAAGACGUUUAAGCGCAGCGGCACCAUGCAGGCUGAGAUGGAGGCGGGUGGCACCAAGCUGUUUUUCGACCUACUGUGCAUAUUGAAUGUCCUUGAAGCCGUCGCAUACCAAAAAGAAUCAACCGAAAAAAAAUAA